CGCGCUGCCUAGGAGACGGGACGCGGGGACGUCGGCUGACAGGGCCGGGCUGGCCGCGCCCACUCGGUCGCCAUGGAGCUUCCCCCAGGGCCUCGCGACGAUCCCCGCGCCUGGGACGAUGACUCGGACCCGGAGCCGGAGCCCGACCCCGACGCGCAGGCCGAGGCUUACGUGGCCCGCGUGCUCAGUCCGCCGAAAGUCGGACAGGCGCUCCCGCGCGCGCCUUUGCUGUCGGCUCCGGUCGCGUCCCCUGGCGCCCUGGAGCCGCGGGCGGCGUCCAAGGGUCCGCCCGUGGGCGUCCCGGGCCUGCUGAGCCUUCCUCCGGAGCUGCUGCUCGAGAUCUGCGCCUACCUAGACGCGCGUCUGGUGCUCCAUGUCCUGCCGCGCGUGUGCCACACGCUGCGCGACCUCGUGCGUGACCAUGUCACCUGGAGACUACGCGCGCAGCGCCGCGUACGCGCGCCCUACCCAGUGGUGGAAGAGGAGGACUUUGACUGGCCGACGGCCUGCAUUGAGCUGGAGCAACACCUGUCGCGCUGGGCCGAGGACGGGCGCUGGGCGGAGUACUUCUGCCUGGCCGACGGACACUUUGCUUCCAUCGACUCCGUGCUGCUGCUCCAGGGUGGGACGCUUUGUCUGUCAGGCUCCCGAGAUCGCAACGUCAACCUGUGGGACCUGCGGCAGCUCGGGGUGGAGCCCAGCCGAGUUCUCGUCAAGGCCCUGGGCACCCAGAAGAACAGCACCCACAAGGGGGAUGAUCGCAGGUCUGGUCCGCAGGGCUGGGUGUGGUCGCUGGCAGCGCUGGACCACCGCGUGUGCUCCGGUUCCUGGGACAGCACGGUGAAGCUCUGGGACAUGGCGGCAGACGGGCAGCAGUUCGGCGAGAUAAAGGGCAAGGCGGCCGUGCUGUGUUUGUCCUACCGGCCUGACAUCCUGGUGACUGGCACCUAUGACAAGAAGGUGACCGUCUACGACCCCAGAGCGGGCCCGGCGCUGCUGAAGAGCAGGCGGCUGCACUCCAGCGCGGUGCUGGCGCUGCUGGCGGACGACCGUCACAUCAUCUCGGGCAGCGAGGACCACACACUCGUGGUGUUCGACCGCCGGGCCAACAGCGUCCUGCAGCGACUGCAGCUGGAUUCCUACCUGCUCUGCAUGUCCUACCGGGAGCCCCAGCUCUGGGCUGGUGACAACCAGGGCCUGCUGCACGUCUUCGCCAACCACAGUGGCUGCUUCCAACUCGUCCGGUCCUUUGACGUGGGCCACAGGUCUCAGAUCACAGGCAUCAAACACUCACUGGGGGCCUUGUACACCACGUCCACCGACAAGACCGUCCGGGUGCACGUGCCCACGGAUCCACCGAGGACCAUCUGCACCCGAAGCCACAACAAUGUGCUAAACGGGAUUUGUGCCGAGGGCAACCUGGUGGUAGCUGCCUCUGGGGGUCUAUCGCUGGAGGUCUGGCGGCUGCAGGCCUGAGCAGGCGGACGUGGAUGUGGAUGUGGGUCUGCCGGCCCGCAGGCUGGGCCAGGGCUUCUGUUCUCGGGGGACCUUCCCCCACGCCGG